UCAAAUUCAAUCAAUAAUAAUAUCAUUGAACUCCAAGACCACAGACAGAAUGGUCCGGCAACUAAAACACCACGAGAAAAAACUCCUCCGAAAAGUAGACCUCCACACCUACAAAUCCGACGCCUCCCACCGCGAACACCACAUCCGCCAACGCUACCACCUCCAAAAUGAUCGCGACUACAAGAAAUACAACGCCCUCUGCGGCUCCCUCCGGCAGCUCGCACAUAAGCUGUCUGAACUAGACCCGGACUCUGAUCCGGUGCGGAAGAAGAUCGAGUCCGAGGUACUUGAUAAGCUAUGGCGCAUGGGGAUACUCAAGCAGAGUCGCGAGCAAGGAGCUGGAUUGAGUAAGGUCGAGAGGGAGGUGACUGUGUCCGCGUUCUGUAGGAGGAGACUUGCGGUGCAUUUGGUUAGGUGUGGGAUGGUGGAGACUGUUAAGGCUGCUACCACCUUCGUCGAACAAGGUCAUGUUCGUGUCGGUCCGGAGGUUAUUACUGAUCCUGCCUAUCUCGUGCCGCGCAAUAUGGAGGAUUACGUGACGUGGGUCGAUUCCAGUAAGAUCAAGCGCAAUAUCAUGCGCUAUCGCGAUAAACUGGACGAUUUCGAUCUUUUGUAGGAUUUGGGUUUCGGUGCAUUUGUUCCUCUUGUAUACCCUGUUAUGCAUGGUUGAUUUAUAUGUCUAUGUACUACUUUCACGCAC